AUGGCGUGCAGGUCUCUUGUUCGAUGCGCUGUCCGGAUGCGCUCAGUGCGCCCUUCAGUGGCCCUGAGUCAUUCAUUGCGUCAACUUCCUCGAUACAACAUCCCUCGGUCUUACGCUACCUAUCUCGCCGCCGCGGACCUCAAAUUCGGGCAACCAUUGCAUGAGACGCAUCCCCACCUGCUAAGCCCUGGCGAACUUACGCCUGGAAUCACCGCCCUCGAAUAUGCCCAACGUCGAUCGCGACUCGCCAACAAACUACCGAAAGGAGCAAUUGCGGUGCUAGCUGCCUCGGAGGUCAAAUACCGUGCCCAGGGCAUCUUUAAUGAAUACCGUCAGGAUUCAAACUUCUUCUACCUGACCGGGUUCAACGAACCAAACGCACUGGCAAUUAUCGGCAACGACGGCUCCGGCGACAACCAUAUCUUCCACCUAUAUGUUCGGGAAAAGGACCCUAGAGCAGAGCUCUGGGAUGGCGCACGUUCCGGCACCCAGGCGGCCGUAGACGUUUUCAAUGCGGACGAGACAGGAAAUAUUGAACGCAUUGGCGACAUUCUUCCAAGUAUCGUCUCGGGAGCGACAGAGAUCUACUCGGAUAUCCCCUCACUCGACAAUGCACGAUCAAGUUUGAACCGCUACUUGUACGGACCCACAGUCGCCUCGGAGAAGCUCAAGAAGAUCGUCGACCACCAUCGGGUCAAGCCUUUGAAGCCCAUUCUCAAUGAAAUGAGAGCUUUCAAGAGCGAGAGCGAGGUUGUACAGAUGCGUCGCCUGGGACAGGCUUCAGGACGGGCUUUCACCGAGGCUAUGCGCCAAACUUUUGAGUAUGAGAAGGAUCUCCAUUCCUUCUUGGAGUACCAGUUUAAGGUGAACGGGGCUGAAGGCAACGCUUUUGUUCCAGUUGUUGCAGGCGGUCAGAACGCUCUGGCUAUUCACUACACCCGAAAUGACGAUGUAUUAAAGGAUGGCGAUUUGGUUUUGGUUGACGGUGGUGGUGAAUGGGGAACCUAUAUCUCCGAUAUCACAAGAACAUGGCCGGUAAACGGCAAGUUCUCCGAUCCUCAACGGGAUCUGUACAAUGCUGUACUCAACGUUCACCGGAGUUGCAUCUCCCUCUGCCGCGAGACCUCUAAUCUCUCUUUGGACAAACUGCAUGGCAUCGCCGAGAACGGAUUGAAGGACGGGCUCAAGUCUCUUGGCUUUGAUCUUUCUGGCAAGGCAAUAAACACUCUAUUCCCCCAUCACCUGGGCCACUAUGUGGGUCUGGACGUCCACGACUGCCCGGGAUACUCCAGAGGCUACAACCUGAAGGCAGGUCAAUGUAUAACUAUUGAGCCGGGUAUUUAUGUUCCUGACGAUGAGCGAUGGCCCGCUCACUUCCGUGGGAUCGGCAUUCGUAUCGAAGACAGUGUUUGUGUCGGAGAUGAGCAUCCGAUUGUCUUGACCCCGGAAGCUGUCAAAGAGGUUGAGGACAUUGAAGCAUUACGUAGGUAG